AAUUCAGGCUCACCUCAAGAUCGAGAUCAAUUAUACAAAAUGGCUGAACCUUCCGAAGCGCUUGUCGAGACCACCCCUAUUUCAGGGCCAUUGGUUGAAGUCGACGCAGAUGAUGCUGACUCGACAUAUGGCGACGAUUCAGAGUCUUACACUACCUCACUCUCUUCUAGCAUUAAGAACCACACGUACGAGAAUGGCAGUCGCUACCACGCGUACCGAGCUGGGAGUUACUAUGCUCCGAACGACGAAGCUGAGAAUGAUCGUCUUGACAUGCAUCACCACCUCGCAACUCUGUUGCUGAAAGGCAAAUUACAUGUUGCGCCUAUUGGGUCUAAUCCACAACGCAUCUUGGAUGUUGGGUGUGGCACCGGUAUCUGGGCCAUUGAUAUGGGUCCGUAUUUUCUCUUCGGAGGAGUAAUUGGUGUUGAUCUCAGUCCGACACAGCCUACCAUGACCCCACCGAAUGUGCAAUUCGAGGUUGAUGACGUUGAGGGCGAAUGGACAUACAACACCCCCUUCGACUUGAUACAUGUUCGCUUUAUGUUCUCAGCAUCCAUCAUGAACUGGCCAAAACUCGUAAAACAGGUCUUCACGCACUUGGAACCUGAUGGCUGGUGUGAAUUCAAAGACUGGGACUUUACUCUCCAUUCAAAUGAUAACUCUCUCCCAGCUGACAGUUACAUCCUCAAAUAUCAUCGACUUCUGUAUGAGGCAACGGAUAGAAUAGGCCGAGAUUGGAAACCAGGAGCUCAUCUUAAGAAGUGGGUGGAAGAGGCUGGUUUUGAAAAUAUACAGGAGCAAGUACUGAUUGUGCCACUGGGAACUUGGCCUAAGGAAAAACAUUAUAAAGAGAUUGGGACCUGGCACCACAUUGUUAAGUCGGAAGGGUUGGAGGCAGUAUCUCUCAGACUGUUCACGAAUGUGCUUGGUUGGACGCAAGAAGAGGUCUUGGCCUUUCUCACAAAAGUCCGUGCUGAGUUAGCAGACAAGAAGAUUCACGUUCAUUACAACUAG